AUGCUUUCUCUGCAAACUCUGCCCAUGGUGAAACUUAUAAAGGUACAGAAAAUCAGUUAUGUAUGGGACCAAGAAGAGCAACAAUUUUUAAGAGCUGGGGUCUUAGAGGACAACUUAACUUGCUAUGACAUUCACUCAAAAUUUGGAUCUGGACUAACAACUGAGGAACAAAAGAUCAGAAGAUCUAUAUGUGGACCGAAUGCAAUUGAGGUUGAUGUUGCUCCCAUUUGGAAGUUACUCUUCAAAGAGGUUUUAAAUCCCUUUUAUGCCUUUGAAGCAUGCAGUCUGGCUCUCUGGUUGGCCGUCGGCUUCAUAGAAUAUUCCAUUGCUGUUAUUAUCAUGACUCUUAUUUCCAUUGUGUUUACUGUGCACGACCUAAGAAAGGAAUCAGUAAAGCUUCACAAUUUAGUUGAGUCCAAUAACAGUAUCAAAGUCACUGUGUGCCAAAAAAAUGGAGAAUGCAAAGAAUUGCAGUCCCGUUACUUAGUCCCAGGAGAUGUAAUCGUUCUGACAGGAAAGAGACUCUUUUUACCAUGUGAUACUGUACUAAUAAGUGGAGGAUGUAUUGUAAAUGAAAGCAUGCUCACAGGUGAAAGUAUCCCAGUGUCUAAGACCCCUUUGCCUCAUCUUGAUCACACUAUGCCAUGGAAAGCCCAUAGUGGAGAGGAUUUUAAAAGACACAUCCUUUUCUGUGGAACUGAAGUGAUUCAGACAAAAUCAGCAAACAAUGGUCAAGUGAAAGCUGUUGUAUUGAGAACUGGUUUCAACACUGCUAAAGGUGAUUUGGUCAGGUCCAUUCUCUACCCAAAACCAAUGAAUUUCAAGUUGUACAGAGAUGCGUUCAGAUUCCUUAUGGUUUUAGCAGCUGUUGCUCUUAUAGGAACAGUGUACACAAUUGCUGUCUUUGUAAUAAAAGGGGAAUCUCCCACUGACAUUUUGAUAAAAGCACUAAUCAUCAUUACUACAGCAGUUCCUCCUGCUCUGUCUGCAGCCUUGUCAACUGGCAUGAUGUAUGCACAGCGCAGGCUUAAAAAACAAGGAAUAUUCUGCAUUAGCCCUCAGAGAAUAAAUGUGUGUGGAAGAUUGAACAUUAUCUGUUUUGAUAAAACUGGCACAUUGACUGAAGAUGGGCUGGAUUUAUGGGGUGUUCUUCCAGCAAAUGGAAACUGUUUUCAGGAAGUACACAGUUUCACCUCUGAUAGGACUUUGCCUUGGGGACCAUUGCUUGGAGCUCUGAGCAGCUGUCAUUCAAUAGUUGCUAUUGAUGGAGAACUACAAGGGGAUCCAUUAGACCUAAAGAUGUUUGAAGGCACCCAGUGGGAAGUGAAAGACUUUAACUCUGAAGCAAAUGAAAUUGCUGCUUCCAACCUAAUUGUAAAGCCAGGAUCAUCUUCUGGAAUGGUCCCCGUGGAAGGAAUUGCAAUUAUCCACCAGUUUCCAUUUUCCUCCAGCUUCCAGCGCAUGUCUGUAAUCACUCAGACAAUUGGAGAAGAUUUCUUUGUAAUGUAUAUGAAAGGAGCCCCAGAGAUGGUCACUAAGUUUUGCAAACAGGAAAGUGUUCCAAAAGGCUUUUUAAGUGAGCUUCAGUUUUACACCAUGAAAGGAUUUCGGGUGAUUGGAUUGGCCUAUAAAACUCUAGAGAAAAAAGACAUUAUGAGAGAUACCAACUUUAUUAGGGAGGAGGUUGAGUCAGAUUUGGAAUUUCUUGGCUUGCUAAUCCUGGAGAACAGAUUAAAACCUGAAACUAAACCUGUUUUACAAGAGCUGAGUUGUGCUAAUAUCAGGACUGUUAUGAUCACAGGUGAUAAUUUACAAACAGCUAUAACAGUAGCAAGGACAUCAGGCUUAGUCCCAGAGACCAGCACUGUCCUUCUUGUGGAAGCUGAAGAACCAAGUGGACUAUCUUCAGCAAAGAUUUCUUGGCACCCUGUUGAAAGACAAGAGCAUAGCUCAAGUAAUACAAAAGAGACUUUUAAUAUUGACAUUGAAAAAAGAUCAAUAGCAGAAGAAGCAAGGGGUGAUUAUCAUUUUGCAAUGAGUGGGAAGACAUAUCAGGUUAUCUUACAGCAUUUCCAGAGUUUGUUACCAAAACUACUAGUGAAUGGCGCCAUUUUUGCUAGAAUGUCACCUGGACAAAAAUCAAGUCUUAUUGAGGAAUUUCAAAAGCUUGAUUAUUAUGUAUGUAUGUGCGGGGAUGGAGCCAAUGAUUGUGGUGCUUUGAAAGUGGCCCAUGCUGGAAUAUCACUCUCUGAGCAAGAAGCAUCUGUGGCUUCACCAUUUACUUCUCGUACUCCAAACAUAGGAUGUAUCCCCCAGCUGAUUAAAGAAGGCAGAGCGGCCCUUGUCACAUCUUUCUCUGUGUUUAAGUAUAUGACUCUUUAUGCCAUGAUUCAGUUUGUCUGUCUGCUGCUAUUAUACUGGCAAGUAAAUAUCCUGUCCAACUACCAGCUUCUAGUUCAAGAUGUUGCAGUCACAAUCUCAGUCUGCUUAACAAUGAGUUUGAACCAUGCAUACCCAAAACUGGCUCCAUAUCGACCUCCAGCACAGCUCAUGUCUCCUCCCCUCCUACUCUCAGUGGUGCUUCAUGUGCUCCUUACUGUGGUAAUCCAGGUGUAUGGCUUCAUUAUUGUCCAGCAUCAGUCAUGGUAUUCCUCACAUCCUUCCAGUGUUUGCAUCUUAGGAAAUGAAACUUUUGCAAGCAAUGUUUCCAUGUUCAGUAACCAGAGCAGUAUCUCUACAACAGAAAGUGGAAAUGGGGUAUUUAAAUUGAACAUUAGCCAUAAGAGCUAUGAAACUACAACACUGUGGCCCCUGACUACUAUUCACUGCAUAAUUGUUGCUUUUGUGUUCUCCAAAGGGAAGCCAUUUCGACAGCCAAUAUACACUAAUUACAUAUUUUCUAUUGUGCUAAUGGCCCAGAUUGGGGUUUGCAUUUUCCUGUUGUUUGCAGAUAUUGAGAAAAUAUAUAAUAUAAUGGAGCUUGUAUGCACACCUAUUGGUUGGAGAAUCACUAUCUUCAUUAUAUUGAUAGUCACUACUGCUGUCUCUAUCUUAGCUGAGGAGAUGAUAAUAGAAAACAGAAAACUCUGGCUGCUACUAAAGAAAUGUUUCAACUAUAGAUCGAAGAGCCAGUACAGAAAAACUAUAAGGAUGGUGGAAACAGAUCCUGACUGGCCUCCAAUUAACCGUACUUACCGAACCAAACCAGUCAGUCGACAUACAAAUGACAAAACACAAGAAUAUAACAACCCAGCAUUUGAAAACAAUGAGAAGCAAAUGUUUUGAAUAUCUGAAUUUGGUUGAGAUUACAAUAAUGACUCAUCCAGACUAAUGUGCAGAGAGCCUAAUAACUGUUUCAUUGAUUUAGAAAAACUAAUAAAAGUUGUGUGCAAUAUUCAAUUACUUUUCUGAAUGUCCUCUAAAUAGAUCUGCAGGGAAGCAUACUUACUCUGCAAAUUCUAUUCUCACAUAGCCAUAUUUUACACUCGUAACAGCUGAUUGUGUGGUAAAAUUUAGGGAAUUAGUUUUUGUGAUACAAUAAAUAUAAUGAUUAAUUAUCUUUGUAAUUAUUUGUAAUUAUCUAUCAGUACUAUAAAAGGCCAUGAACAUAUUUUGAUUGAUUUAUCUAGUUGAUUAUACCUACGCUCCUAAAUUUUACACUUUUUAAACUCUCAAAUUUGCAACUGGAAAUGCACCGUACUACAAACCUUUCUUUAACUGGCCUUAGCUGGCCUUUAACUGGCCUUAGCAGAGGUGAUAACAUAAGAUACUGCAAAAAAAAUGUAAGUUUUACCAACAGAAUGACAGUGACAAGACUUGUAUUUUCCAUUAAUAAGCCCAGAUCGGUUCCUCCUAAUAAGACAAGUGGUGGGACAGCAAAUGAGGGGUUAAUACAUGCAUUAAGUUCUCACACUCCUUUAAUUCUUAAUUCUUUAAUUACAAGAUGUUUAAGGUCACUUUUACUUGAAUUUGAUGCUCUGGGUUAUUAAUAAUUAUAAUAAUAAUAAUAGUAAUAUAUUAAUAUAACCAUGUUUGUUAUUAGAGAUGUGCAUUCGAUUUCAGACGAAUGAACAUUUGUCACAAAAAUGUAAUUUUUGUUUUGUAAACCGAAUGACGAAAAUGAAAAAAAGAAAACAAAAAAUACUGCCAACAUUGGUCAGUAUUCAUUUGAUUUCUCUAAUAUUUUUUUAAGGGUUAAAUACUUACCUUAAUAUGCUGGAGAGCGCGAUAACCCAAUCCUCUUCUUGCCAGAUCCUUGGCAAUGCUAACAGGAUGCUUAGUGCGCUCGGCUCCUAGGACCUACACUAAAGUUAGUGCAGACCCUGGGAAUGAGAGCAUUAAACCAGGUGCGAAAGGAGCUCUGGCAAGAAGAGGAUCGGUUUAGUGUGCUCCCCAGAGCAUGUUAAUUUAAGUAUUUAUAGCUUCAUUUGAACUUUUCACCUGUAGUUUUGAAACAUUUACAUUUGUUUAACAAAAAAUAAUGUAAAUGUUUAAUUUAAAAUAUCAUUUUGUUUUAAAUUAAACAAAAACCGAAUAGAGCAGGCAACAAAUAUUCGGGGGAACUGAAUUUCCUCGAAUAUCAAAAAUGAAAAUUUCAUCCUUAACAAAAUUUUCUGGCCUGCACAUGUCUAUUGGUUAGGCACAACUGGGGAAUAGUUAAAGUGAAGGUAAACUUUGAUGAAUGAAAGCACGUUUUUUAAAAAUACUAUUAAAAACAGGGGCACUUUCAUUCAUCAAAGAUUAGAAAGCAGCCGUUUUUAUUAAAAACUUACCUUUUGUUUUUUUCACAGCCAGAGCAACUUCCCCCCACCCGUCAUCAAUGACUAAUCUGGCUUCCUCCAAUCACAGCUUUCUCCCAAGGGGAGUCAUUGCCUGAGGCUAUGCCGUGAUUGGAGGAAGCUGGAUUAGUCAUUAAUGACGUGUGAAGAGAGGAUCUCCGGGUGCGGGAAGCUGCUCUGGCUGUGAAAAAAAACAAAGGUAAGUUUUUAAUCAACACGGCUGCUUUCUAAACUUUGAUGAAUGAAAGUGUUCCUGUUUUUAAUAGAAUUUUAAAAAAUCUGGCUUUCAUUCAUCAAAGUUUACCUUUACUUUAAUAAAGGGAUUAUUUAUCUUUUUUAAACAGUAAAAAUUAUUUUGUAGACUGUCCCUUUAAGUAUUUAGUUACUAAUCUUAUAUGCUGCAGGAAUCAUUAGAAAAGAUAUGAACAUGCUCAACAACAAUGUUAAAAUAAAUUAUUGUCUUUUCUUUAUUAUGUAAAUCAUUACCAUUAGGCUCAAACUACACAAGGCAUUUGCUUAUCUGCAACUGAACAAAUAUCUGUUAUCUAAACAUACAUAUAUGAGGAUUUUUAACUUAUUGUGGGGCUAUGCAAUACUGUGUAAUACAUUGUAAUUGAUUAUGUCAAAUUGCUGCUCUAAAUGUUAUAUCUUUUGCUAUUAAUAUUUGUUAUUUAUAUAUUUUAUUGCUUCCCAUACAGUUUUGUUUAUCUGUGCUAAUUGACUUUUGAAUAUUUUUGUGUUACAUUUGCAAAAAAGUUUCGGUUAUAAAUUUCUUUAUUAGUGUU